GCCCCAGCCCGGCAGCCGGCGCGGGGCUCUCCCGCGCCCGCCUCCGCCAUGGCCCUCCGCAUAGCCCGCCCCCUUAGAUUCCGCCUGGCCCGGGUGCUGCGCGCUGGGGGCGCCGAGGACGCCAAGCCGCGCUGGACGCUGCCCGAGAAAGACUACCACAAGUACACCUUCCAGCCGAGCAUCCCGGACAAGCACUUCAACAUCGGCCACUGGAAUUAUGCGCCCAUCACCAUGUGGCUCCGCGCCCGGCGCCCCGCCAUGGAGAAGGUGCUGGGGGACUGCUGGUCGACGCUCACGUGCACCGCCAGCGCAGUCUGGUCCCCCAUCGGCGGGGUGGUCAGCACGAACCUGCCCGGGUUCGGCUACAAGGUGCUGGGUGUUGUCGGUGCCCUGCUCGGCUACAACAUCUUCGUGUCGUACGUGACGAACCAGACAGAGGCCUUCAUGUUUUUGGAGAAGAUGCGGCUGUAUUCCACUGGCGACGAGCUUGUGAAGAAGGGCUUCUUCAAGUCGGACGCUGAGGAGGCUGACGACCGCAAACACCACUUCGAGCACGCCAAGGACCACCUCGAGGCGCUGUGGCAGACGGCCCUCGCGGACGCCACCCAGACGCGGUCCUUCGACAAGCUGUGCUCGUACCUGGAGGUGGACGAGAGCCACCCAAUUGACCUCCCGAAGCCGAUCUCGUGGCGCUUCAGCAUGAUGCCCUACGGCCGGGACGACCCGGACGCCAAGACGUUCAGCUUCGCCGAUGUGGACUCGCCCGCUGCCAGCAACUACUUCCUCCUGGACAUGGGCAGCACCGGCGACUAUAUCGACCGCCAGGACAACAAAUCGAAUCCGAUCCGGAAGG